AGAUGACAAGACUAUUAAAGGUUAUGAAUAAGCUUGUAACAGUUUUAAGACACUUCCUGAGACUCGGCCAGGAGGCACAGCUUACCCCACGGAGUCGCACACUUAUGACGUAAUAUUGUUCGCCAGCGACGUUUGAAUUUGGGUCGCCAGCUGAACGCUGUUUUGAAAAUCAGUUUGAUAAGUUUUGUACUGUAUUACGAAACAAAGCAUUUUUGCAAUUUCUUGCUAUAGAUAAGUAUAUUAAAGCAGCAUAUGCUGAUAUCAGGCACAACAAAAACGAAGCCGGUGGAUCACUGUGGCUGACAGCAUUCAUUGUGUACAGCGGUUGUCAUUUCUUAAGAACCAUCAGGCUAAUGAUCAUGGACUGACGGCGCAACCGUGGCAACCUUGUAAACGAUGACAUCUGAAAAACAACAGCAAGAGGGAAACGUUUAAAGAAAUAAGGUUGUUCUCCGUCCACAGUGGAUGGAUGUCGGAGACUAUAGAGACGCUGGCGGAGAGAGAGGCUGCAGCCGAGCUGAAAGGGGGCAGUAAUGUGGACCACGAAAUACAGCUUCCGCUAAAUGCACAGUACAAAGAGCCUGCGGGGCAAGAUCUGCAAGGGCUAGCGCUUUCACCAUCGCUGGCUUCUUCAGAAGGGACAGGGCUUCUGUCGCUGCCAUGGGAGAUGGUGGCUCGUAUCGUCUCCCACCUUCCAGCAGAGUGUGUCAUCACAGUUCUGCCCCAGGUCUGCCGCGCCCUCCGUGAUGUCGGCACAGACAGUGCUGCCUGGCAGCUGCGGGCUCGCCGGCUCAUUGGGCCCCAAGCCUCUUUUCCCCUGGGGCCGGUGGACGGCUUUGACUGGCCGGCCGCCUGCCUGGAGAUGGAGCAGCUCAUGGGCGGCUGGGCCCAGCCUGGGGGGGCAGGGCCAGACGCCGACUGGGACAGGGCAGUCCGAGGGGAGGGCCCCGGGGGCGGGGGUGAGGGGGCCCAUCAGGAGGGAGACGGAGGGCCGGGAAACGAUGGAGAGGGGCGAGCAGGGCAUGGAGCAGGGGAAGCAGUGGAAGACAGAGAACAGGAGAUGGGAACAAGGGAGGUGGACGAGGCGGCUGGGGAAAUGGAGGGGGAGAGAAUGGAAAGAGCCAUGGUGGAUCUGGGUGAAGGACACGGGCAGGGAGGAGGCGACGUCAUUGUAGGGUGUGGCCCCCGCCCAGGUGGCCCCCCCGGCGCCUCCACUGGCCUUGAGCACUUCUGUCUGCCCUCGGUCCACAUCGCCGAAGUCAACUGCUUGUUGCUGGUGGGCCCCGAGGGGGGGCUGUGCGCCUCGGGCUCCCGCGACCGCAAUGUGAUCCUGUGGGACUUGCGGGAGCGGCAGCUACUGCACACGCUGCGGGCGCCGGGUCUCUUCAGCUCGCACCGGGGCUGGGUGUGGUGCCUGGCUGGCCAUGGGCCGCUGCUCUGCUCAGGCUCCUUUGACAGCACGGUGCGCCUCUGGGACCUGGAGGCUGGCGGUGCCGAGUGCGGCCUCAUCCGGGGCCACGCCGCUGUGCUCUGCCUGUCCUGCCAGGCUGACGUGCUGCUGGCUGGCUCCGUCGACAAGAAGGUCAGCAUCUACGACACCAGGGCCGCAGAGCCCCUGGUGAAGAGCUUGCAUCUCCACGGAAGUGCCGUUCUAUGCCUCGCUGCGGAUGACAAGUACAUCCUGUCUGCAAGCAAAGAUGGCAGCCUGGCCGUGUUUGACUGGCAGGCGGGGAAACUACUCCAGAAAAUGAAGCUGAAGUCCUACAUACGCUCCAUGUCGUAUGGUGGCCAGGAGGUAUGGGCCGGAGACAGCCGUGGCAUCCUGCACACCUUCUCUCUGCAGAAUGGCUCCCUCAGGGCAGUGUCUCAGUUUGAUGUGGGGCACCGCUCCUUGGUGACUGGGGUCCAUCGAUCCCUCGGGGCCCUCUACACCUGCUCAUCGGACCGGACCAUCAAGGUGCAUCUCCCCUCUGCCCCCCCCAGGACUCUGUGUACGCUGCACCGCCAGUCUGCAGUCAAUGGGGUAAGGCCUGCCCACCCCACUCCACACGCACAUACCCUCUAGUGAAAUUGAGUGAGAUGAGCAGGCAGAGGGAAAACACAGUCCCAUCCUUCCAUGCUGCUCCAGUCACACUCUCCAUUUCGGAGGUUAGGCCUCGUACGCUUCAGGGGUCUCGGUCACAAGCCACAGCCGUCACACACUGACCUGCUCACCACCUUACUACCCUGGGUCCCCCUGCAGGGGGGCGGGGCUUAUUCCAGGCAGCCCGGGGGACAGGGCGGGGGGACAUCGCAGGACACAUGCUCACAGACACAAACACACACAAACGGGUUUGUAAUUAUAUCUGUGACUCUCCAUUUCUGUAAGAAAAACCCUAACCGCAGCAGUAAGAACGUUAACCCCUACCCAGCCCUAACCUUAACCAUAAGUAACCAAACAAAAUACUUUUGGCAUUUUUAGUUUUUUGA